AAGCAGACGACAGCCUGCAUUUGCGCCUGGAACUCUAUUUCUUGCUCUUCUUGUUUGGGUCUCUGUAACCUUCACCCAACAUUAAUUCACCAGUCUUUGUCUCUGUUCUUUCUUUUUUGUUUAAGGUGUUUAUUUAAGGAGUGUGGUUAGGACCUCACAGUUGGGGCUUCCUCCUCCUCUUCCCGUGGCCUUCCUUUCCUUCUUGGAGCUCUCACGUUAGGAUAGCAGGAGGGAAGGAAGAGCAUGCGGACGUAAAAUGCGUGGCAGAUUCCAGUAGCCGAAAAGUAUAAGCAACACCAUCAAUCAUCUUUUUUUCUCCUGCUUGUUACGUUCUUUCUGUUUGAUAUUGUCUGUCGUCGGAGUUUUGGAAAGGAGCAGGGGAAGAGAGGGGAUCCUUUCUUUCACCUGCGUUCGUAGUUCUGCUUCUACAUAUCUGUUGUUGUUGGGGUUAGGUUUUGGAGGGGAGACAGAGACCUAAAAGAAAGCUACAUGUCGCCUUAGCUGUUCUGUCGAUCGCUUCUUGCACUCUGCCUGCUGUUCGUUGUCUCGAAUCCGUGUGUUGGGAAGAAAGAGAGAUCUGGCGACAGUCGGCUCCACCGCAUUGUCUUGGCGUAAUUCCUCAGCAACAGUUGCAGCAAAUCUCUGACGAUUAAUAGUUAGCAAGACAACGAGCUUCUACUUAAAGAAGAGGAAGAGAUCCGCCCUUUAAAUUGCCUCCAGAGCUACUGGUUGUUCCCCAAGUGCUGCUUUCUUUCCCAGCUUUCCUCUGUUUCUGGCUGGGGAGAGAUGGACAGGCUUCCUUCGACGGCCCGGCUCCCGGAGUCGUUCCAGGGGACGAGGGACGACAUCGGGGGGCAGAUGGGGGUGGUGUGGCAGCAGAUCAAGGCGCCGGUGAUCGUGCCCCUUCUGCGGCUCGCUGUGUUCCUCUGCUUGGUGAUGUCCGUGAUGCUCGUCGUCGAGAAGGUGUACAUGGCCGUCGUCAUCGUUCUCGUCAAGCUCUUCAGCAGACGGCCCGAGAAGCGCUACAAGUGGGAGCCCAUGCGCGACGACCUGGAGCUCGGCAGCUCAGCCUACCCCAUGGUCCUCGUCCAAAUCCCCAUGUACAACGAAAAGGAGGUCUACCAGCUCUCCAUCGGAGCUGCAUGUGGCCUCUCUUGGCCAUCGGAUCGAAUCAUAAUCCAAGUGCUAGACGAUUCCACAGACCCAGUCAUUAAGGAUUUGGUGGAGUUGGAGUGCCAGCGGUGGGCGAGCAAGGGCGUGGACAUCAAGUACGAGAUCAGGGACAACCGGAACGGCUACAAGGCCGGGGCGCUCAAGGAGGGCAUGAAGCGGAGCUACGUGAAGCACUGCGACUACGUCGUCAUCUUCGACGCCGACUUCCAGCCCGAGCCCGACUUCCUCUGGCGCGCCAUCCCCUUCCUCAUCCACAACCCCGACGUCGGCCUCGCCCAAGCCCGAUGGAAAUUUGUGAAUUCGGAUGAAUGCUUGAUGACGAGGAUGCAGGAGAUGUCACUUGAUUACCACUUCACAGUGGAGCAGGAAGUUGGAUCCUCCACAUACGCCUUUUUCGGCUUCAAUGGAACUGCCGGAGUGUGGCGGAUUGCUGCUCUCAACGAAGCUGGAGGUUGGAAGGACCGAACCACGGUAGAGGACAUGGAUUUGGCUGUUCGAGCAAGCCUCAAGGGCUGGAAGUUCGUGUUCCUUGGAGAUCUCAAGGUUAAGAAUGAGCUGCCGAGCACAUUCAAGGCAUACCGCUAUCAGCAACACAGGUGGUCUUGUGGCCCAGCAAACCUAUUCAGGAAAAUGGUGAUGGAAAUCAAGAACAACAAGAAAGUAGGUCUGUGGAAGAAGGUUCAUGUGAUCUACAGCUUCUUCUUCGUUCGGAAGGUGGUAGCUCACAUCGUGACCUUUGUAUUCUACUGCAUCGUUAUCCCUGCGACGGUGUUGGUUCCCGAGGUAGAGAUACCCAAGUGGGGUGCAGUCUACAUCCCUUCCAUCAUUACCCUUCUCAAUGCUGUCGGAACCCCACGGUCUCUUCACUUGCUUGUGUUUUGGAUCCUCUUCGAGAACGUCAUGUCUCUGCACAGGACGAAAGCCACCUUUAUUGGCUUGUUGGAAGCAGGGAGAGUGAACGAGUGGGUGGUCACCGAGAAGCUGGGGGAUACCAAGAAGCCCAAAAUGGCUGCCAAGGCGGCGAGGAAGCUACGAAUCAGGAUCGGUGACAGAUUGCAUCUGCUGGAGCUGUGGACGGGAGCUUACCUCUUCGUCUGUGGGUGUUACGAUGUGGCCUUCGGGAACAGCCAUUUCUUCAUAUACCUCUUCCUCCAAGCAAUGGCUUUCUUCAUCGUGGGUUUUGGUUACGUCGGCACAUUCGUUCCCAGCACCUGAGCAGCCGCAGUGUGCAUGUGUUGCCAAAGGCUUCGCACGACUUCAUCUUCUACCUCGAUCAGCUUCGUAAGUUAGAGCAGCCUUAGGUGUUCGUUGAAAUGCCGCUGCUUGAAAGAAACCAUUAUUUCUCAGCAGGGGGAGAACACUAGGAUGCUCGUGUGAAUAUACAGUCAAGCGAGUACCUGUGUGGUGGUCUAUAGAAACCUAAUAAAUACAGGAAGAUGAAAGAGGAAGAUGAACGGGUAGGGAGAAAACUGGUUAGUCUGAUGAGGAUUGUGUGCAUUCAGAAUAAGCCUUUUCUUCUAGAUGAAAUGGUGAUGGUUUGAUUUCUGUAGGAUGUAUUCCUUGUUUGAAAGGUUCUGAUUGAGAAGAAAAUGAAUAAGUUGAUAGAUUGAAGGUAAGCAGUUGCUUUGUA